AUUCACUGCCCAAGGGGAGCCUGCGGAGCAGAGGCUUCCUCCCCGUAGAGAUUUGCAUACAGCAUCCACUUCCUGCUUCACUGCCUGCCCUUCCACUUACCUGGACCUGGAGAGGGCGAGGGAGGUGUGAGCCGCCCGGCCCGAGGUGGAGCCCCAGAGCAGAGCCAGCGACCACCCCCCGGGCCUGCCUGUCUGUGGCCAUCGUAGAAACUAGAAUGAGCCGAAGCAUUCCUGUGGAGGUUGACGAAUCAGAACCAUUCCCAAGUCAAUUGCUGAAACCAAUCCCAGAAUAUUCCCUGGAAGAGGAAUUGGAACCACCUGCUCCAAAUACAAGGAACAUGGCACCCAGCAGCUUGUCAGCAUGCCAAGCCUCUCGCCACGCUUCAGGAGACCGUUGUCAGGCUUGCCCUCCUCCCCUGAAACUUGCCCAUCACCAGCCCGUGUCACAACAGGUCACUGACCUGCGCACUAAAGUCCUGGAGGAGAGCGAUGCCAGUUUCUUUAGAAGGCACCCUGAUCCUGGCAAGGGAUUCUGCUCAUGCUCAUCCGAAGCCAGCGAGCCUGAGUCGGAGUCUGUGCUUGGCGCCCUCCCUCCUGAGCACCGGUUUUCACUUCUGGAAAAACGCAAUAGACGGCUGGGAGCUCAGCUUUCGGCAACCUCUCCCGACACUGGCCACGACUCAGACACAUCGGACCCAAGUUUGCCUAAUGCUCUGGCUAACUCCUCCAGUGGUGGCCAAGAGACGAUAUCUCGGCCCAGACCCCACAGGAACAGAACAGUCCCAGAUGUGCCCACGAUAGACACCGGGUAUGAUUCCCAGCCCCAAGACGUUCUGGGUAUCAGGCAGCUGGAAAGGCCACUGCCCCUCACCUCAACAUGUUACCUGCAAGACCUCCCUGGGCCUCUGAGGUCCCGGGAGUUCCCUCAGUUUGAACUUCAGAGGUAUCCAGCAUGUGCACAGAGGCCUCCUCUCAAUCCUUCCCCACAGGCUCCGUGGAACUAUCAGUAUCAUUGUCCCGGAGGGCCCUAUCACCAGGCACCAUAUGCUCAUGGGUACCCUCGCAGCACCUACCAGCAAGUCAUCCAGCCUGCGCUGCCUGGGCCCCUUCCUGGGGCAAGGGGGAGAGGCCUGCAUCCUGUGCAGAAGGUCAUGCUGAAUUACCCCAGCCCCCAGGACCAAGGAGAGAGGCUUGCCCAGAGAGACUUCUCUUUCCCGAGGCUCCCAAGGGACCAGCUCUAUCACCCACCACCUAAUGGAGCUGGAGAACCUGAGGCGUCCCUGGAACAUCCUGCAGAGCUGAGACCACAGGGUCCCCAGGCUCCAUCCCCAGCUGCUGUGCCUAGACCCCCUAGCAACCCCCUAGCCCGAGGAACUCUAAAAACCAGCAAUUUGCCAGAGGAAUUACGCAAAGUCUUUAUCACUUAUUCUAUGGACACAGCCAUGGAGGUGGUGAAAUUUGUGAACUUUUUGUUGGUGAAUGGCUUCCAAACUGCAAUUGACAUAUUUGAGGAUAGAAUCCGGGGUAUUGAUAUUAUUAAAUGGAUGGAGCGCUACCUUCGAGAUAAGACAGUGAUGAUAAUUGUAGCAAUCAGCCCCAAAUACAAACAGGAUGUGGAAGGCGCUGAGUCGCAGCUGGACGACGAUGAGCACGGCUUACAUACUAAGUACAUUCACCGAAUGAUGCAGAUCGAGUUCAUAAAUCAAGGAAGCAUGAAUUUCAGAUUCAUCCCUGUGCUUUUUCCAAAUGCCAAGAAGGAGCACGUGCCCACCUGGCUCCAGAACACUCAUGUUUACAGCUGGCCCAAGAAUAAGAAAAACAUCCUGCUGCGGCUGCUCCGAGAGGAAGAGUAUGUGGCUCCUCCCCGCGGUCCUCUGCCCACCCUUCAGGUGGUACCCCUGUGACCCUGCCGCCUCCAGCUCAGUGUGGCCCUGUUACACAGCAUUCUUCUAGCUGAGGCUGGCUGGGCAGUCCAGCCCGUUUCAGUGUCUUCUAGGGGGAUUCAGGCCCCAGAAAACCUCUUCUGCAGAAUUCUCUGCCUCCCAAUACUUUGGCUGCUCUGUAUUUCCUGUCUUUUAAAAAACACACAAGGUGCCCAUGUCCUUCUGAGCUGAGUUGUCCCUUGGGCUUCCAGUACUUUUAGUGAGUGGAUACUAUAGAUGAUGGCAGAAAACACCUACGACCAUAAGAACUCUCCCAUCACUUCAGCUACUUUUAUGAGUUGGCCAGAUGCUGUGUCCUUAGACCAAAGACCAAUCUGAUUCAUGUCCAAAUAAUAAAAUGAUUACUCUUUGUAA